GCGUGAAGCGAUAGGAAAUGGCAUGGACGGAUGAGCGCUCAACUCCGUUCACAUACUCUGGUACAGGUUAGGGUUAUGGACGUCCCAAGAAUUCCAGAUUGCAAUGACCAAGGGACGCCUGCGCUCUGACUACUACACUGAAAACAUCGCUCAACUCUAGCUUGAACCCCAUCCCCGGGCCCGUUUACAGCAUGGAAAGGAAAGUUCUUGCACUCCAGGCGAGGAAGAAAAGGACAAAGACGAAAAAACCCGGCAAAAAACCAGACCCUGCACCGCGGGGAGGUGCGUCCAAGCAGAAUGACUCUCCUAUCCCAGACCAGGAGGAGGAGAUACUGGGCUCUGAUGACGAGGAGCAGGAGGAUCCCAACGACUACUGUAGAGGAGGUUACCACCAUGUGAAGAUAGGAGACCUGUUCAAUGGAAGAUACCAUGUGAUCAGGAAGCUGGGCUGGGGACAUUUCUCCACUGUAUGGCUGGCCUGGGACAUACAGGGGAAGCGUUUUGUGGCCAUGAAGGUGGUGAAGAGUGCAGAGCACUACACUGAGACGGCCCUGGAUGAGAUCAAGCUGCUGAGAUCGGUGAGGAACACAGACCAGAACGACCCCAGCAGAGAGAAGGUGGUUCAGCUACUAGACGACUUCAAGAUCUCUGGCAUGAACGGAAGUCAUGUCUGUAUGGUGUUUGAGGUUUUGGGUCAUCACCUGCUGAAGUGGAUCAUCAAGUCUAACUACCAGGGCCUUCCUCUGCCCUGUGUCAAGAGCAUCAUUCGACAGGUUCUCCAGGGGCUGGACUACCUCCACUCAAAGUGUAAGAUCAUCCACACGGACAUCAAGCCAGAGAACAUCUUGUUGACUGUUAACGAGCCCUACAUUAGGAAUAUGGCUGCUGAAGCUACGGAGUGGCAGAGGACAGGAGCUCCACCCCCCUCUGGAUCUGCAGUGAGCACAGCCCCUGCGCCCAAACCAAUGGCGAAGAUGUCAAAGAACAAGAAGAAGAAGAUGAAGAAGAAACAGCGGAAGCAGGCAGAGAUGUUAGAGAAGAGGAUUCAGGAGAUGGAGGGAGCGCCGGAGGGAGGAGAGGAGGAGGGGGAAGAGGAGACUGAAGGGAUAACCACAGAAGCCCCCCUGCCAACCUCCGACACGCUACAGGACAUUGCUAAUGGUGUCACAGCAGACCCAGCUCCAGAUAAAACGGAGGAGGAGAGCAGGAUGGAGGUGAACUGCAAUGGCCACGCCCUCUCGGAGAGCCAUGAGGUACAGAGGACCAGCGAAGAAGAAGAGGAGGACCAACAGAAAGCCAACAAACUUGACGCCGUAGCCCCCAACAACGCCAGUACACAGGGACAGGACUCGCCGGCCAACGCAGUUUACCCAGAAUGCAACGGCAGAGUGCCCAGCGACUCCGGAACACACGAUAAAGAAGGGAGAGGAAAGGAGGGCAAGACGGAGCAGUGUAAACGACCAGAGAAGGAUGAGGAGGAGAGAAAAGACGAGGAGAUGGAGACUGAUGUGGUGCCUGGAAGAGAGGAUGAAGAGGAGGAGGGCGAGAGGAACGAUAAAAUAGCAGCAGGCAGUCUGUUGGUCAACCCUCUGGAACCUCUCAAUGCAGACAAGAUCCAGAUCAAAAUAGCUGACCUGGGGAAUGCCUGCUGGGUGCACAAGCACUUUACAGACGACAUCCAAACUCGUCAGUACCGUUCUCUGGAGGUGCUGAUGGGAGCCGGCUACGGGACGCCUGCUGAUAUCUGGAGCACUGCCGCAAUGGCUUUUGAGCUGGCUACAGGAGACUACCUGUUUGAGCCUCACUCUGGGGAGGACUACUCUAGAGAUGAAGAUCACAUAGCUUUGAUCAUUGAGUUGUUGGGUAAAGUUCCUAAGAAGCUGAUCCUGGCCGGAAAAUACUCCAAGGAGUUCUUCACCAAGAAAGGUGACCUGAGGCACAUUACCAAGCUGAAGCCAUGGGGUCUGUUGGAGGUGUUGGUGGAGAAGUAUGAGUGGUCUAAAGAGGAGGCAGCUACCUUCGCUAGCUUCCUUUUCCCAAUGUUGGACCUGGUACCAGAGAAGAGAGCUACGGCUGCAGAGUGCCUCCGACACGCAUGGAUCACCCCCUAGAGGAGCCACAGCGCUACUACAGCCAACAAGCAGCUCAUACAGUACACACAUGCAUACAUACAUGAACAUAUGUACAUACACACACACACACAAACAUACAUACGUACUCACAAGCAUUCACACACACACACACACACAUAUAGAUACACACUAAGAGGAAGCCGUUGCCAGCACCAUGCCUGCAUUGCCUCCCUAGUGGCUCAACACACGCACAAACAACGCUAGACUGGCUACUGAAGCCCUACUGGUGGCCUUCAUAGAAAACACUGGUUCCAGAUAAAUAAACACAAGGAAGCCCGAUCCAGCAGCACUAUAUCUAUUUAUGUCUCUUCUCUUUUACUUUUUCUUUUUGGUACUGACUGGAUAUGACUUGAGUAUCUGAUCUCUUUUUCUUUAUUUACGCUUGUUUUUCUCUGUGCCAAUGAUUACACCUCUAACAAGUUUCAUUCAGAGUUUCUCUUUUGUUUUUGUUCCUUUGUUUAACAGAUGUGCAUGUUCAGAGUUAAGAUCAAACCUCACAGACCUCCACUGGACAAUUUCAAGACCAAUCCAAUCAUAUCUACAGAACACCCACUGUACCACUAUACUAGCACAUCCGAAUGGUUGUUAUUUUAUAUACAGUAUUGAUAGAGGUUAGUUUGAGUCUUUUCCUUCAAUAACAAAGCAUAUUUACAAUGUGUGUAGGAUUGUGGGGAAGAGUAGCUACCUAGAAAGUAAUCAAAAGAAUCAAAGGAUUCUCCAUGAAGUACUCCUGAACUGGAAUUGACUGAAUGCAAUGGAACUUGUUCUGUUUCUCUUCUAUGACAUCAUCCCUGUCCUAUCCUUCCUUGUCUCAUUCCAAGCAGCCGUUUUGGAAUGGCACUUACCACAGUGUGGAGAUGGUACCAUCAUACUCUAUCCCGCGUUUCAUGUACUACCUUCUGUUACCUGCAUUGAUCCACAGACCAUGACUAGACCAAUGCUACUGAAUAACCAUGUUUCAAACUAGCCAGCAGAUUCUGACCUUACCGUUACGCUUGUUUACACUAAGCUGCACUGGGGUCGGAACGCAAUCAUGGUUAGAUUUAGACACCGCGGAGCCGGCGCACUGUCUAAAACGUCCCUCAAUGCAGCGAUGGGAUGUGCCACUGUACCCAAAUUGUAAUUCAAUUCAAACUGCCCUUUUCCUCCUCAUCCGAGCUAGUAGGCACAGCAGCCAUUAUGGACUGGCACGUCGCGUUGAACAACAGAGGCUGAUUGGCUGACACUGCCAUUCCAAAAUGGCAAACAUAAAGAUAUAAAACUGUAUUUUUUGUGAAGAAUCAACAACAAGUGGGACACAAUCAUGAAGUGGAACGACAUUUAUUGGAUAUUUCAAACUUUUUUAACAAAUCAAAAACUGAAAAAUUGGGCGUGCAAAAUUAUUCAGCCCCCUUAAGUUAAUACUUUGUAGCGCCACCUUUUGCUGCAAUUACAGCUGUAAGUCGCUUGGGGUAUGUCUCUAUCAGUUUUGCACAUCGAGAGACUAACAUUUUUUCCCAUUCCUCCUUGCAAAACAGCUCGAGCUCAGUGAGGUUGGAUGGAGAGCAUUUGUGAACAGCAGUUUUCAGUUCUUUCCACAGAUUCUCGAUUGGAUUCAGGUCUGGACUUUGACUUGACCAUUCUAACACCUGGAUAUGUUUAUUUUUGAACCAUUCCAUUGUAGAUUUUGCUUUAUGUUUUGGAUCAUUGUCUUGUUGGAAGACAAAUCUCCGUCCCAGUCUCAGGUCUUUUGCAGACUCCAUCAGGUUUUCUUCCAGAAUGGUCCUGUAUUUGGCUCCAUCCAUCUUCCCAUCAAUUUUAACCAUCUUCCCUGUCCCUGCUGAAGAAAAGCAGGCCCAAACCAUGAUGCUGCCACCACCAUGUUUGACAGUGGGGAUAGUGUGUUCAGGGUGAUGCGCUGUGUUGCUUUUACGCCAAACAUAACGUUUUGCAUUGUUGCCAAAAAGUUCCAUUUUGGUUUCAUCUGACCAGAGCACCUUCUUCCACAUGUUUGGUGUGUCUCCCAGGUGGCUUGUGGCAAACUUUAAACAACACUUUUUAUGGAUAUCUUUAAGAAAUGGCUUUCUUCUUGCCACUCUUCCAUAAAGGCCAGAUUUGUGCAAUAUACGACUGAUUGUUGUCCUAUGGACAGAGUGUCCCACCUCAGCUGUAGAUCUCUGCAGUUCAUCCAGAGUGAUCAUGGGCCUCUUGGCUGCAUCUCUGAUCAGUCUUCUCCUUGUAUGAGCUGAAAGUUUAGAGGGACGGCCAGGUCUUGGUGGAUUUGCAGUGGUCUGAUACUCCUUCCAUUUCAAUAGUAUCGCUUGCACAGUGCUCCUUGGGAUGUUUAAAGCUUGGGAAAUCUUUUUGUAUCCAAAUCCGGCUUUAAACUUCUUCACAACAGUAUCUCGGACCUGCCUGGUGUGUUCCUUGUUCUUCAUGAUGCUCUGCGCUUUUAACGGACCUCUGAGACUAUCACAGUGCAGGUGCAUUUAUACGGAGACUUGAUUACACACAGGUGGAUUGUAUUUAUCAUCAUUAGUCAUUUAGGUCAACAUUGGAUCAUUCAGAGAUCCUCACUGAACUUCUGGAGAGAGUUUGCUGCACUGAAAGUAAAGGGGCUGAAUAAUUUUGCACGCCCAAUUUUUCAGUUUUUGAUUUGUUAAAAAAGUUUGAAAUAUCCAAUAAAUGUUGUUCCACUUCAUGAUUGUGUCCCACUUGUUGUUGAUUCUUCACAAAAAAAUACAGUUUUAUAUAUUUAUGUUUGAAGCCUGAAAUGUCGCAAAAGGUCGCAAAGUUCAAGGGGGCCGAAUACUUUCGCAAGGCACUGUAAAUCAUUGGGCACAUCCCAUCCCUGCAUUGAGAAGUUGUCCAGCCCAUAUCUCGCUGCGGCUCUGUGGUGUCUUAAUGUAACCAUGAUUGUGUUCUGACCCCAGUGCAGCUCAGUGUAAACAAGCGUAACAUAGGGUCAGAAUCUGUUGGCUAGUUUCAUACCUCUCCUGUGGUGUUUAGAUAAGGUUUGCCUCAGAAAAUAAUGCCUCUUUUUUUUGCUAGAUGGUGUGAUACAAGAGCGUGAGAAUUUUCCCGUUUCAGAAAAAUUAUCAGAAUCCGAAUUCUGUAUUCGAUUCCAGAACAGAUUUACCAAAAAAAUUACUCCUUAUUCUUUAUAUAGUUGGAACAGGGUGCCAUUUUAGGCACAACCCAUAUCUGAACCCCUAUCUUGUACAUAUCUGUACCAAAGAGUUGGCCUUGUCUCUCUGAACUUGUGUUUGGAGCUUCUGUUUGAACUGUGUAUAUUAUGAAGGAGCGGAAGCUCUGCCUGUGUCCCAAAUGUUACCCUAUUACGUAUUUUGUGCCCUAUUUAUGACGAGCCCAUUUAGGCUCUGGUCAAAAGUAAUGCACUAUAUAGGGAAUAGGGUGCCUUUUGGAAUAUACCCUCUGCUAAGGUGCAAAUGUUUGAAUGAGUCGUUAUGAGGUCGAUUGAUGCCUUGAGAUGCAUUUGCUAGUUUUUUUUUUCUGCAUUUUUAAAGCUUAUUUUCAUACUGAUGUUGCCCCUCUUGCAGUGUAGGACUGUUUUAAAUGCAUCAAAGAGAGAGAAUGGUAUAAUCGUGGAUUGUAAUAAAGAAUGAUGACGCUGUUAUAAUGCUUUGAAGGGUGCCCUCCCCCCGAUCCCAUUGGUUGCUCUUUUUCUACAAGCCCCUCUCCUCCCGCCCUCGUUCUCAAUGCGCUCUUUCCCUGACCUCUCCUUGCCUUUCUUCCUCAUCUGCCUCCCCCUCUCCUGACCUCCCUCUGCAUUUGAUUGUUCACUGCUAAACUAAGCAUUUUCUGUAGUUGAAUAAACAUUUAGAUUUUGAAAA